GCAGUUUAUGUGGCUCUUACUACACCAGGCAUGUCUGGAUUCUGUGCAGCUCUAUAGUAGCAGAAACGAAAGGAAACUAGCUCGAAGUAAACCGCAAGAGAGUUUUAAAGACAUUUUUCCAUCAAAGUAUGUCUACAGGGACUACAGAGGACUUUAAAGUCUCUCGUCUGCAGGAUUUCAACAGGGAUCCCAUGAGAGAUCCAGUUAUGGCAUGACUGUUUUUUGUACUGGACCAGCCAGCAACCAAGAGCCAUUAUUUUUCUGGAGAAAGAAAUCCUAAUUGCUGUACUGCUUUUGAGAGUAAUAAGUUGCAACUAUAUGAAAAGGACACAUGGCUCUGUUACGAAAAAUUAAUCAGAUUCUACUGUUCCUACUUGUUUUGACUGUUUGUGUCAUUCUUUAUAAUAAAGUUCACAAGAUACCAUCUACCCUGCUAAAGAAUGAACCAGUUGACUUGGAGAGCCCUGAGGAAAUGGAAGAAGACAUUCCCGUGGUGAUAUGUGCUGCUGCAGGCAGGAUGGGAGCAGCAAUUGCAGCAAUCAGCAGCAUUUACAGCAACUCCGAUUCUAACAUCUUGUUCUAUAUCGUUGGCCUAAAGAACAGCGUCCCACAUAUCAGAAAAUGGAUUGAAAAUUCCAAACUGAGAGAUAUAAAGUUUAGAAUUGUGGAAUUCAAUCCCAUGGUGCUAAAAGGGAAAAUCCGACCAGAUGCAGGACGUCCUGAGUUACUUCAACCUCUGAACUUUGUUCGAUUUUACCUCCCUCUACUUAUCCAUGAACAUGAGAAAGUGAUAUAUCUUGAUGAUGAUGUAAUUGUCCAAGGUGACAUUCAAGAACUGUAUGACACAAAACUAGCCCCUGGCCAUGCUGCAGCUUUUUCAGAUGACUGUGACCUGCCUUCGAUUCAUGAAAUGGUCAGAAGUGUAGGAAUGCAGAAUACCUAUAUGGGAUUUCUAGACUACCGGAAGCAAACUAUUCGUGAUCUUGGCAUUAGCCCCAGUACCUGCUCCUUUAAUCCUGGUGUCAUUGUUGCUAACAUGACAGAAUGGAAGCACCAACGAAUCACAAAGCAGUUAGAGAAAUGGAUGCAAAAAAAUGUCGAAGAAAACCUUUAUAGUAGUACUCUUGCAGGAGGAGUGGCUACUUCCCCAAUGCUCAUUGUAUUCCAUGGGAAAUAUUCAUCCAUUACUCCUCUAUGGCAUAUUCGACAUCUAGGAUGGAGUCCUGAUGCCAGAUAUUCAGAGCAGUUUCUUCACGAAGCUAAGUUACUUCACUGGAAUGGAAGAUAUAAGCCUUGGGACUACCCUAGUAUUCACACCGACCUUUGGGAAAAAUGGUUUGUCCCUGAUCCUUCAGGGAUAUUUAAAUUGACUCGUCCUAACAGCUGAUGCUAUUGGAUGCCUUAAAAAUGUAAACAAAUCAUUAUUUCCAAAACAUACAAUAUAUAAGUCGACACAGUAUUUGGGGAUGUGAUUUACCUCCUUUGUUGUACAACUGUACCAGACUGCAGUUGACUUGAGCGGCCACCAUAAGUGAUGCUGAAGAAAUGUCUCAAAAUGAAACUUAGCCAAAUGUGCAUUGGCACUGUGAUGAAGUGUGCACAGAAGCAUCGGUCUCAUAAUGCUACUGAGACUUCAACUCCUAGGGAAAAUGCUUUUAUAAAAUCAGGAACUUCUUUUCAGCUGUAAAUUAUAUCCUGUAAAUAUUAAAUUACUUGUUGAGACCACUUGUAACACUUUUGAAUAAAAUAGCUUGUGUUAUAUAGCCUUUCGGUAGCCAAUAUUAAACUAGAAUUAAAAUUAAA